AUUGGGUGACAUUUUGCCACUGCAAGCAAAAACACCUCCGUCGCAGAGGCGUUUUUGCCUUUGUACCAGUUACAGAGGCGUUUGUCUUUGCCUCCGUACAGAGGUAAUAAAGCCUCUGUACAGAGGAGGUUGCCCUUGUUUUUUUUUUCCUGUUAUUCUACGUUUGGUAAUUUUAGUUUUUGGAUUGGACAUUUGCUUGUUUGCAUUUCAGAAUUUCAGCCAUGUAAUUAACGGGUUCUGUAUGAUUUAUGGUAGCAGUUGGAUAGCUAAAGCCGUUUUGGGAUAACUUGUGUAUCUGUAUAUGUCAAAUGGGGAACCCAUAGGUUUUUCUGAUUUGAAACGGUAGGGGUGGGGGAACCUCUUUUAUAAUGCAUCCACAAUCUCAGUAACAGUAAAUUGAUGCUUUGAAAUUAAGAGGAGCUGCUGCAAUUUUGAAGCUUUAGCUAAAAAUAAAAUAUACUAUGGAGCAAAUAUUUUUCCUUUUCAACUGUCUGAUGUGCAUUGAUGAAAUAGCAUCUUGCUGUUGCACUUAUACAUUCACAAUCUAAAAAGAAUGACUGUGAAUUGGUGCUUGCUGAGAUCCACACAAAUUGUUGCAAUUUCAAAGCUUUUGUUGAAUAUAUUGAAGUUGCAAAUAUUGUUUUUUUUCAGACAUCUAAUAAGCUUUAACUUGAUGAAGCAUGCAUCUUUGGAUGCGCUUGCUCACCAAGAGGAUGCAGUGCUUGUCAGCUUAGCAAUGGAGGCUGAAGGAAAAAUUGGCCAGCGAGAGAAGAAGAUGACACGGAAAGAGAUACUGGAAAGGAAGAAAGCAAUUGAAAAUGUUAUCAAAUCUGCUUCUGCGGUGAAAGACCAUCUCUCUUUUUUCCCGCACUUUCGCCACUACCGAACCAAUGGCUUGUAUGCACAUUUGGAGGCUGGAUGUGGCAAUAAGCUCACACUUCAUAGAAAAAGAUACAUACAAAACCUUCUCAAGUUAAACAUGGAGGCACCUUAUGGACCUGAGUGGCCAGCUGAGGAAAAGAUAAAACGGAGGGAAAUGGUAGCAAAGGAAGCUUGUUAUAUAUUUGUGUAUGAAAUCUCCAGUGAAGAUGUUGAUGAAAUGUCUCGAUUAGGAGACAGAGCGAAAACAUGCAGUUGCGAGGGCCCUAUUGUUGGUUUUGUACAUUACAGAUUCAUUCUGGAGGAAGAAGUUCCUGUGGUUUAUGUUUACGAAUUACAGCUUGAGCCUCGUGUUCAAGGAAAGGGAUUAGGAAAGUUCUUAAUGCAAUUAAUUGAACUUAUUGCCUGUAAGAAUAGAAUGGGUGCUGUGGUGCUAACUGUUCAAAGAGCAAAUCUGUCAGCGAUGGACUUCUAUAUCGGUAAACUCGGGUAUACAAUUUCUGCAAUUUCACCUUCAAGAGUUGAUCCAUUGUUAGGCCUAGAGAAAAGCUAUGAGAUUCUUUGUAAAACAUUUGACGAUGAAGCUCAAGCAGUGUUGGAGAUGUUGCGGGUCUAUUAUGGGAGGGAUAUUGGGAGGAUGAACAUUGAAUUAAUUCUGAAUCAGGAAAAAUUCAGAUGAAAUCAAGCAUGAGCUAAGAGGAAUAAUAAUAACUUUAAGGAAUAAGGACAAAUCCUAUUCCUAUGUUUAUUACCUUAUUUCCCAGUCGGCCCAAGACACCGCAGCCCACACAUGAGACACUUGGAUGACUGAUAUAACCACGUAGCUCCGUUCGCACCCACACGGUAAUAUAUAUCCC